CCCACCUUCUUCCUGCAGGAGCCCCCCGAGGAGCUGCACAACGGGGGCGAUCGGGUGAGCUACAAGACGGUGAGCCAAGAAGAUCUCGAUCUGCCGGUGAGCGUGGCCAACCUGCAGGCACUCAACCCCAACCGGCUCUCGGCCAUGCGGGAAGCCUUCUCCCGCAGCCGCAGUAUAAGCACCGAUGUGUGA